UUGCCUUCCUUGACUCCACCCCUCCUUUGAUUCUUCAAUGGGGUGCAUCAUGUGACGCACCUCCAAUAAAUGACCCCGCGAGUUAUGGGGGAGAUCACUUUUUUGAACAAUCAUUCAUUUGCGAACCAUGGACGACAGCAUCGAAUUCGAGAGCGAAGGCGAAGAGAACUACACGCCCCUUCAACGUCGUCUAGGGAAGAGACCCGCACGGGAGAUUGAGGAUGACUUUGACGACAAUAUCGACGACUUUGACGACCUCAAGCGAGAUGACGGCGGACGAAAACGCGGUGUGAAGGCAGGAGGGUCAAGUUCAAGAGGUGUACCGCGUGAAGACGACGACCGCGAUGAUGAUGGCGAUGGUGAUGGCGAUGAACAUCAGCAGGUUGAGGAAGAAGAAGAAGACGAGGAUAAGCCCAAUUUUCGACCGGUAAGGAAGGCUGCUUCACCAAGAGCUAUAAAAAGUGAUAUAAAGGAUCCAGGGCUUUGGACACUGACAGCAGAUCAACUGGUUUUUCUGAUAGGCUACAAUGGGAGCUAUAUUCAAAGGCGUCUGGACAGAUCCUGGAACCAAAGGUGAUGCACCAACAAGGUCUCUGCUUGUCGUUUUCGAGAACUUGAACAAGAUGCGUCGUGGACUAAUACUCUCAUUUUCCUCGCUAUGUCUCUAUGUAGCCCAUAAGGAAGCGUUGGAACUGUCAGCGGAGUACCUACGACUGUUUACGAUCGAGGCAUUGCAUCGGACAGCAGCAUACCAGCGGGAACAGG